UUCCUAGGCCGUGUAAUAGUGAGCGUUAGCAGUACCGCCGCAACCAUGGAUGAGAACGAAGUGAUGGCGGCGUUCCUGUGGAGCAAGCAGUCGCAGGAGAUGUACAGCAACCAGGGGCUGAAGGAUCUGCACCAUCUGCACCAGGACUUCAUCAUCAACGACUAUACGGACAAGAUAGCGACCAACAUCGAUCUGCUCGACACGGAGCUGAAGUUCGCCUGGGCGGCGCUAAACCUGUUGAACGAAGAGUACACGAAAAUGUCAGAGAAGGUGUUCAAGCUGCAGUCGCUCAACAUAUCACAGCAACGCAUAGUGCAAAACCUGCAGUUUAUGGAGGAGAAUCGCAAAGCAUAUCUCGACAUGAUACCGGACUACGCGAAGCAUCACGAGUUUUCGCUGCAGGAGCAGUCGCGUCUCCGGAAGGAUCUGGAGUACCGUGACCGGAUCAAUGAGGCGCUCAUCAACAGUGGCAUGAUACCGCUGCAGGAGGAGCAGGAGGAGUUCCUUCACCAGCAGCAGCUACAUCUGCAUCAUCAGCAGCAACAGCAGCAGCUGCUUUUCCACCAGCAGAUGCAUGGCACCGCCCAAUUGUACCACGCGGUACCGCCACUACAGGGAAGCCGGCACGAGGUGUACGACAAUAUGCAUCUGCUCGAGCAGCAGCAUCAGGUUCAGCUGCAGUACGACAACGAUUUUCUCCUGCUGCAGCGCAACCUAGCCAAUGUGCCCGAGGAGUUGGACGAACCAUUUGCGAGCCUAGAGGAGCAGGCGUUGCUGAAACCACACCUGGAGGCGGACAGCUUCGUUGUUCCGCCACCAGUGACACUGCCAACCCGUAGCAACCCGACUCAUCCAUCGUCGGAGAUGCCACGGAUGUCCACAAACCCAUUCCUGACGGCUGGCGAGGCCGACCGAGGGCUACUGCGGAACAUCGAGCCGGCUGAUAGUGCGGCCAUCAUCGAGGAGCAGCUGCGUACCUCCUUCCUGAACCACGCCAAGCAGAUUGAGCUGGAAUUUGGGACACCAAAGUCGAAGAAGUACUCGGCGGAGCGUAUCGAGAAGAUGCAGAGUGAGGAGGUGCGCGAACUGAUCAACAAGAUUAUGAGUGAAGAAGAUGUCGCCUCGCUGAGCAGUGAGGAGAUGGAUAAGGUGCGGUGUUUCAUGGCGAAGAACUGCUCCGAGCUGAUGGACGUGUUCGACGACGACCUGCAGGUGGUGUACCCGGUGAAAUCGGCAGAGUUGCUCAUGGCACGUAGUAAGCAAGCUCUGCCUGGUGUAAGUCCACGGAAGGAACUAGCGAAAUACCUGUCCGAGGGCAUCGCCACAUUGACCAAGGACGAUCUACUGACAGUGGAGAAUGGUACCAUUACGAUCCAAGACAGUACGUCCGAGAGUGACUUCAGGUUGAACCUGGGCGUUGAGACUACUCGAUCGGCGGAGAACGGGACUUCACCGAAAAAACUGAUCGAGUUCUCGCCCUUCGAGCUACAGGCGACGGCAGCCAUGUUGGGGAAUGAUGUUGGUGUUAAAAACGAUGCAAGCGCCCUCUUCCAGGACCAGCUGAAUGUCGCAGUGGCGAAAGACGUAGUGGAAGACCCAAAGGGUGGCGUUGAAAACGGUAAGUCUAGGGUGCAGCUGGAGGAGAAGCUGCUGAAUCACACUACUCUGGCAAACGUGCCGGACGUGCCGAAGACGACCAUCCCACCGACAUUCGCCUGUUCGAAUCUGGUCGGGUUGACCAAUGGUAAGCCUCUGUAUGCGAGCAUGCGACCAAAUAUCACAGAGGCACUCGAGAUGACGACCUGCGUCACGUCGCAGAGUAUCUCGUCGAACCAUUCGAACGGUGUGCAGCUAGUUGACGCCAGCAGAAGUGCGGGUGUGGCGAUCUGUUCCGAGAGUGUCGUUGUUCAGACGUCUCGUAAGACCAGUGUAGCUGAUGCGUCGCUUGUCGCGUCUGGGGCGCCUGUUAAGAGCGUGACAGAUACGACCGAUACAGCUGCUAUUAUACAGGCUAUCAUCAGCCGCAGAUCUAGCGUGGCCGAGCCAUCGACGAGCCCGCCAACGUUUCAACCCCUGCCCGGACAAACCUCGAUCACAGACUCGCCAGAGAUGCAGGCAAUCUAUGACAGCUUGUCGCGCAAGUCGAGUAUACCGACACUCAGUGACACUACGUUCUUCCCGUCACUAGACAUCACCGACUCUGGCUUCGCAGACACCAGCGAUAGUUUGGCGUUGUUCUCACAACUCCCACUCACGGUGCCGAGUGCGGACGCGCCAGUCAGUCUGCCGGACUUUUCGACUAUGUCAGCUAUCUCGAAUAUGCCCGACAGCUCCGACUGCUCUUCGUUCCUGCACAUGUCGAUGAACUCGUCCGGCAUCAGUGAGGCAUCAGACAGUGUCGCUUUCGGUCAACCGACGACCUUAGCGUCCGUGGUGGAGCCACCACUCGUGAAGGAGUCGGUGCCGGUGACGACUGUGGUGACGACGUCUAAACUACCGGCGUUGCCACCGAUCGUGUCGACGCCCACCAUGGCGGUGUUGGCUGAGGGUAAGCCGAUCGUCGAGGCGGCGACGUCAACUGCAGAUUCGGGUGGUGUGGUCGUCGUCUCUAGCACGGUUCCUCAGCCUGUAGAGCCACCUAAACCAGUAGAGGCUCCUAAACCCGCCAAACCUACACCGACUACCAGUGCAGGCGUCGUUCCUGUCAAGCCUACCGCGCCGGUUGCCUCAAGCACUCCUGCACCAGUGCCAGCUCAGGUCAAGGUACCCCUGGUGGGCUCGCUAUUACCCUCGAAACAACCGGCACCGACUCCUGCACCAGCCGAUCAGAAGGCAGGCUUCUUCCAGGCGACCACCGUAGGCUUCGGCAGCUUCUUCAACAAGGUGAACAAGAACCUCACACACCAGGAGAGCACGGACAGUUUGGGGGCGAAAUCGAAGUCAUUCUUCGCAUCGAUGAAGAGCUCCUUCAGUCUGGACUCCUCGAAGGCGUCCGUCGACGAGGCGGAGCUCCCACCAGCAGGUGCGCAGGUGUUGGACGUGGCAACACAGCCCCCACACGCGGAUCUGUCACCGGUGGCGGUCAAAGAUGCAGCCUCACCACCGUCCGGUCUGGAGGCGGCGUCGUACUACGACCACCAGCAGCAGUUGCAGCAACAUCAGCCACCGGCGGUGACUCCACACGACCAGCAGACCCCAUCUCCGCCUCGGGACGCCUCCUAUGAUGGGCAGCUCGAGGUGAGCCCAGCCGGGACCCAACCGAGCCCGCAGCUGGAGUACCCGCCAGAGGACGCGUUCCCGUACGAGCAGGAAGCGGGUAGUGGGUCGGAGAUGACGCCCGGCGAGGGCCAGGCUGGUGGGCAGGAGAAGGACCUCGGUGAGGCAGGGACAGGAUCCCAGCCAACGGGGGCCCAACGGCGCCAGAGCCUGUUCCGCGCCCAAGGAAGCGAAGACGGUGAGGGCGGCAGCAAGUGGAAGCUGCUCAAAACGCUCAAGGAGAAGCGAAUCGAGGAGAAACAGAAAGUGGCCGAUGUCGGUGAGUCCUUCGACGACGAGCCCGGUCUGUUCAAAAAGGUGGACGUAAGUGGCAAGAACGACGAGCCCGAGAAGCGAAACGGUACGGUCGAUAGUGGACGCAACAAUGGCCUGGGAGACAACACCUUCUACAGCAACAUCGACAGCAUGCCCGACAUCCGGCCAAGGAGGAAGUCCAUUCCACUCGUGUCGGAGCUGGUCCUCAAAACUAUGGCAGCGACAAAACGCAACGCCGGACUGACCUCAGCCGUGCCGCGAGCGACACUAAACGACGAAGAGCUGAAAAUGCACGUGUACAAGAAGGCGCUGCAGGCGUUAAUCUAUCCCAUCUCCUCGACCACACCACAUAACUUUGUCCUGUGGACAGCCACCUCCCCGACGUACUGCUACGAGUGUGAAGGACUGCUGUGGGGCAUUGCUCGGCAAGGAGUCAGGUGUACGGAGUGCGCAGUCAAAUGUCACGAAAAGUGCAAGGACCUGUUGAAUGCAGAUUGUCUGCAGAUGUGCUUUGCCGGUGCUUCCGAGAAGAGCUCCAAACAUGGCGCUGAGGACAAAGCGAACUCGGUGAUAGCUGCGAUGAAGGAGCGUAUGAAGCAGCGCGAACGUGACCGACCAGAAAUAUUCGAACUGAUCAGGAAGGUGUUUGCCGUCGAGGAGAAAAGCCACGCCGGUCACAUGAAGGCAGUGAAGCAGAGCGUACUGGAUGGUACGAGCAAAUGGUCGGCGAAGAUCGCGAUCACAGUCAUCUGCGCGCAGGGUCUGAUAGCAAAGGAUAAGAGUGGUACGAGCGAUCCGUACGUGACGGUGCAGGUAAGUAAGGUAAAGAAGCGCACCCGAACGAUGCCACAGGAGCUGAACCCGGUGUGGAACGAGAAGUUCAACUUCGAGUGCCACAACUCGUCCGAUCGCAUCAAGGUGCGCGUGUGGGACGAAGAUAACGAUCUGAAAUCAAAACUGCGACAGAAGUUAACGCGAGAGUCGGACGACUUUCUGGGACAGACAAUCAUUGAAGUGCGAACGUUGUCGGGCGAGAUGGACGUUUGGUACAAUCUGGAGAAGCGUACUGACAAAUCAGCCGUGUCCGGGGCGAUCCGUUUGCAUAUUUCCGUAGAGAUAAAGGGCGAAGAAAAGGUAGCUCCGUACCACGUCCAGUACACCUGCCUGCACGAGAACGUGUUCCACUACUUGUGCGAGGAGGCGCUGGGAGCGGUGAAUCUGCCACAGACCAAAGGUGACGACGGGUGGAAGAUUUACUUCGACGAAACGCCGGAAGAGAUCGUGGACGAGUUCGCGAUGCGCUAUGGCAUUGAGAACAUUUAUCAAGCCAUGACUCACUUUCAUUGCCUAUCUACGAAGUACCUGUGCGCUGGCGUCCCGGCUGUUAUGAGUACACUAUUAGCUAAUAUAAACGCUUACUAUGCACACACUACGGCUUCUAGCGCGGUAUCAGCCAGCGAUCGCUUUGCGGCUAGUAAUUUUGGUAAAGAAAAGUUCGUAAAGCUAUUGGACCAGCUGCACAACUCGCUACGAAUCGACUUGUCCAUGUACAGAAACAACUUCCCCGCUUCCAGCCAGGAGAAGCUGAUGGAUCUUAAAUCUACUGUAGAUUUGUUAACCAGUAUUACCUUUUUCCGUAUGAAAGUUCAAGAGUUAUCCAGCCCACCUAGAGCAAGCACAGUGGUAAAGGAUUGUGUUAAGGCAUGUCUACGAUCAACCUAUCAAUUUUUGUUCGAAAACUGUUACGAGCUAUAUAAUCGAGAGUUUCAGGUUGAUCCGAAUGAAGCCAAACGUGAAGGCGAAGACCACGGACCAAAACUAGAGAAUGUUGAUUUCUGGCACAAGCUAAUAGCUUUAAUUGUAUCAGUUAUUGAGGAAGAUAAAAAUAGUUAUAGUGCUGUACUUAAUCAAUUCCCGCAAGAGCUUAACAUCGGGCAGGUGUCGGCGGCAACUAUGUGGAGCCUGUUCGCCGUAGAUAUGAAAUAUGCGCUCGAGGAGCAUGAGCAGCAUCGACUGUGCAAAUCGUCGGCGUACAUGAAUCUACAUUUCAAGGUCAAAUGGUUAUACACGAACUACGUUAAGGAGGUACCACCGUACAAGGGCGCCGUGCCAGAGUAUCCGGCCUGGUUUGAGCCGUUCGUAAUGCAGUGGCUUAACGAGAACGAUGACGUAUCGCUGGAGUACCUGCACGGAGCGUUCAAGCGGGACAAGAAAGACGGGUUCCAAAAAAGUAGUGAGCAUGCUCUCUUCUCAAACUCGGUCGUCGAUGUCUUUACGCAGCUAACACAGUGCUUCGAUGUGGUAAGCAAACUCGACUGUCCCGAUCCAGAAAUCUGGAAACGUUACAUGCGACGUUUUGCUAAGACCAUUGUUAAAGUACUGCUUGCGUAUGUUGAUAUCGUAAAAUCGGAGUUCCCCGAUAUAAUGCAUGAGGAGCGAACAGCGUGCAUACUUAUGAACAACAUCCAGCAGCUACGGGUGCAGCUGGAGAAGAUGUUCGAGUCGAUGGGUGGCGACAAGCUGGAAGAGGAUGCGGCCAACAUUCUCAAAGAACUGCAGCAGAACCUGAACACGGCACUGGACGAUCUGGCGACGCAGUUCGCCAAGAGCUUGGAGCCAAGGAUCACUGGCAGCGUGCGGGAGCUGGGUGAUCUACUGCAACAGGUCAAGCAGCAAAGCUCGUUGUUCCACGCGCCACCUGCGGACGAUGCCAACCUCAUCGCCAUCGAAGCAGACGAGGUGCUGCGGCCACUGAUGGACCUGCUGGACGGUUCGCUCUCGAUGUACGCUCAAUCUUGCGAGAAGACCGUUUUGAAAAGACUGCUGAAGGAACUGUGGAAGAUAGUUAUCAGAACGUUGGAGAAAACGAUAGUGCUUCCUCCAAUGACCGAUCGAACGAUGGUGUUCAAGCAUCUCACCGACAACGCCAAGAAUCUGGCAGCGAACGCUAAAAUCGAAGAUAUGUCGCGGCUAAUCAAGAACCACAUGUCCGGAAAGCAGGAUGCGAAGAACGUGCUCAGCGGGGUCAUGGACAUUUCUAAGGAGCAUUACGGGCUCACUUCGCAGAUGGAGAAAAACCUUUCACCAAAGCAGUGCGCAGUACUGGAGGUUGCCCUCGGCACCAUUCAGCAAUACUUCCACGCUGGUGGUAAUGGUUUGAAAAUGCCGUUCCUGGAGAAGUCACCCGAGCUGCAAAGCUUGAAAUACGCGCUGAGCUUGUACACGCAAACUACGGACACGUUGAUCAAGUCGUUCGUUUCUGGCCAAGGUGCCUCCGAAGAAGGAGUUAGUCACGAUGAUGCUUCCGUCGGAGAGGUCUCAAUACAAAUAGACGUCUCGUCGAACCCGGAGAACGGAGAGCAGAAAAUAUCCGUCAAGGUGAUCGCUGCCAACGAUCUCAAAUGGACCGUCCCAUCCGGCAUGUUCCGGCCAUUCAUCGAGGUGAACCUGAUCGGACCCCAUCUCAAUGAUAGGAAACGAAAGUUCGCCACCAAAUCCAAAUCGAACAAUUGGUCGCCGAAAUAUAAUGACACCUUCCACUUCAUUAUUGGCAACGAGGAGCAGCUGGAAUUCUUCGAGCUGCACAUAUGUGUGAAGGACUACUGCUUCGCCCGGGAGGACCGGCUGGUUGGAGUAGCUAUACUAAAGCUGAAAGACGUAGUCGAUCAGGUAUACAGUUGGGUUAUAGUAUUUGCAUUACUUGUGCGAGUGAAUGGAUACGAAUGUGUGGGAUGAAUGUUUGCGAGAGCAAGAAGAACCAACGUGAUAUGCUUCCCGAGGAUACUGCAGAGGACAAACGGUAACUGGAUCGAAAGUUUAACCGGAGCUUUGGGUAAGGUAUGCUGUUAGUUCGGAUUGUUACUCAGGACGAUUUGCCAUUCCAGAUAAAAUGUCACACUUCAACUAUGGAUGAGGAAUCAACAACGCAAUCCUAUGAAGGAGGAAUCGACAACGUGAAAUAAUGUAGUAUUCAAUUAAGCUUUCUGCGAAUUUGUUUCGGAUGAUAAUAAAACA